UUUCACUUUAGUGCGCGCUUUGCAUGGUCUGAGACAGGUUUCGAGCGACCAAGUAAAUUUUAGUUACUGUUUGGAUACCAAUUGUGCUGGACAGAGUCUCAGUUUGUUGGAUUUCUUCCCGUUGUACCCCACCCAGUUUAGUUUUCUGAGGAGUUUGUGGCUUAUUUUUUUUUGGCGAAUCACUGUCUUUCUCCUGGUGUUGAAGCAGAAAAAAAAGAAUAUCAAUUUACGUGGAAAGUUGUUGUUUUUUUUGUCAAUUUCCGUGUUGUUAUUUUUGUGCGGUGAAUAUUAACUUUCCUUUUGGGCUCAAUCGAUUGUUCUUUAGAUUGCGCUUCUUUAUCUUUGGAAAGGGUUAAAGAUAUUUGAUCUACCUUUAUUCCACGGAAUUUUGGUAGACUACAAAAAAGAAGUAUUAAUAAAAAAAGAAACUUGGCGAAAACACGAACGACGCACCAGAAAAGGGGGACCAAGAACAUUUAAAAAGGAGAGAACAUGGCAAAAUACGGAUUCAUAUUUUUGGUGGUUCUUGUGGUGACUCUCAAUGGAGCUUCUGCCCUGAGAUGUUGGCGAUGCAGUUCCGAUGCCACGAAUGCAGCUUUCUGCGGAGAUCCCUUCGAUCCCAGCAUCCUUACUGAACAACAGAGACGCUGGAGUUAUGUGGACUGUUCCUUCCCACCCAGCCAACUGAAUCCCUACAGUUCAACACAGUCUCGUCCUGUGUGCAAGAAAAUGAAGCAGAAAAUCUACGACAAGAUUGUGGUGUCUCGUUCCUGCUUCUGGGAGGACAUCAACACCGCCCCUGACACGUGCAUGAGGGCACAAACACCAUCCUUCAUCGAGACAGAGUUCUGCGAAACCUGCUCUCAUGAUGGCUGCAAUGGAGCCUCUCAGUAUGGCCCCAUUGCCCUUCUCGUGGCCAUUCCCGCUGUCCUGGCCAAGGUGCUGGCUUGGUAGGUGACUGCGGGUGCUCUGUAGAUUCUUCUCUGCUGCUGCGCGUCAAUAUGAUCGUUUAACACAUCCUGGAUGUUCUGUGCUGAAGAUGAAUGGGGAGGAGAAAAGGCCACAUGACCAACUGGAAGAGAGUGUACUUACAGGAAGAGUCACGAAUUGCAGUAAAAAAAAAAUAGAAUCUCCACAAAUGCACCGAAAAUUGCCUUGAAAAAAGAAACAACAAGAAAGAAAUUUGAUACAAUUGGGAAAAUUUGUUUUAAAUGGAAAAUUGAGGCCUUUUCUCUUUUAGAAAACCUUUUCUCUCUUGAAAUGUGUGAAAAAAAUAUAUAAUUUAUUGAUAAAAAAAGAGAAUUCAUGCAGAUUUUGUUAAGAAUUUAUAUACAUUUAUAUAGAUGGUAGAAACAAUGUUAGAUCAUCACAAUUUUGAGGUAUAUUUCUUUUUUUGAUUUUUUUUUUAAAUAUGAUUCUGUGAGAAGAUUUUUUCUUAAUAAAAACAAAAUAUUGAAUAAUUUUGAGACCCACGCGAUUCUAUUUCAUUCCAAUAAAGCAGAUAAAUCUCAUUUAUUUUAAUAGGCAAUAUUUUCUUUAAAUUUAUAGAAUCUGCACCAAAAAUGUUUAAUGAAAUUGGAGCUAGAUGCAAAAUUUGAAAAAAAAUCACAGAUUUUUUCCUCUUAAUGCCUCUUCAAGUCUCGGUCUCUUUCUCUUUAUGAUCGUUUUAGAUUACGAUUAAACACUCUUUACGGCAUAAUGUUACAAUGUAAAAUUGAUUGAUUUGUAAAUAAAACAGCGGAAAAGAGACAAA